AUGGCACCGCCUCCGGGUAACUUCGCAGCUCCAGAGCCUGCCCUUCGUUACAAGUCAGGCCAGGGGCCACCUACGGAAUUCCUGGCAGAUCCACACAAGCACAUACCAGCAAACUACCCCCCAGCCCCCCAAGCACCGCAAGGACAGGGUCGCCGGGACGCCUACCCCGCGCACCAAAGCCACCCUUACCCAGACCCCCGUCCGCCCUAUCCGAUUCAGCACGGAUACCGGCCACAGUCUCCGCCAGCCCCCAACCCUUACCAGAGCCAACCUCCAAACACGCGCCACUCCCAUGGGUCCCAGGCCCAGACACCUCCCCAGGCUCCACCUCAGGGAUCCGAGACCUCGAAGUACCCACCUCGUGAGCCCCCAGCUCAAAAGCCCAAAGCGCCAUAUCCGUCCCAGAGCGCAUGGGGCCCGCGAGACAACAGGGAGACGCCCCCAAGCUCUUGGGGUGCCCGUGCCGACAUGAAGUCGGGAGAGGGACACCGCCUGCGUCGCCGCAGGCGCCACCGCUCCACGCGGGAGCCCACGGACCGACCGGCCUCUCACCGGCGCUCGCAUCGGCGGAGGCGAGACCGCAGCCGCAGUCGAAGAGCAACUCCCGAGAGACCCCCUGGAGAUCAUGGCGCUGUGCCGGCUCAGAUGCAGCCGCCAAAGCAGCCGCCAAUGCAGCCGCCAAAGCAGCCGAUGCAGCCGCCAACGCAGCCUGGCCCGCCUCCGCGUGCUCGGGAAGAGCGACCGUGGCCUUACGCAAAUCCUUCAAUCCCUCACCCUGCAGUUCCGCCAUCACGGCCACCGUUUCCCGACCGGGUCGACCGGCCGGUCGUGCAACGCGCCCCGCCGUCGCACUUGGCGCAGCCGCACGCAACGCAGCAGCGCUUGCCGCAGGCACACGUGCCGCAGCACUCGCUGCCACCGCAGGCGCGGAUGCAGCAGGCACCACCGCAGGCACAACCCCGCGCGCCUCACGGAGGACGGGAGCCCAGCCGUCCGCCACCUGCGUGGAGGGACCUCGCGCAGCCGCAGCGGCCGCGGUGGUCGGAGUCCUCCGCCCCAGCAGGGGUUUCUGCAGCACCGGUGCCGGUGCCAGCAGCCGUGGCGCCGUUCGACGCGCAAGAGUCCUACAGCUACAGCAGUGAGCGGUCUGGGUCGGCGGACUCUUACAGCUCCUACUCGAGCGUCGGACCUAUGGGAGCUCCCGGCGCUUCACGCCCAGCGCCAGGCAUCUCGCCCUUUGCGGCCGCAACUCCGACCGUUGUCCCGGUGCCAUCACAGCCCGCUCCGAAGGUCUGCCUCAUGGACGGCGAGGACUACUCCGAGUCCUCCGACUCGUCCUCCUCUUCGCUGAGGGUCCUUCCGAAGGCCGGCACGGCUGCGGUGCACCCACCUGGACCUCAGGUGUACGGAGGUCCUCCCCCGGUGGUCAAGCAGGUUCCCAUCCCGGUGCAGACGCCUGAGCCCCAUCGGCCGGCCCGAGGACCUGUUCCAAAGAACGAUCCUCCAGUCGAGGCAAAGAAGGCGGAUCCAGCCAGCCAGAGCAGCCAAAGGACGGGAACGGGCAAGCAGCGCCUGGCAGUGGCGCGGACCCUGUGCUCCAUGGACAUCCGCGGGGCACUGGGCGCUGUGCGGGCGGCUGCCGCCGAAGCCAUGGCCGCCGGCAUCACGGACACGGCCAAGGAGCACCUUGACGAGAGCCUGUGUAGCCUGCACGUGCUAGCGCUGCGGAAAGCUCUGAAGGACUUCGACUGCAAGACUCGACUUGCGCUGAAGCGGAUCCUGCGGUUGAAGGUCGCAGGCAGCGGAGGCUCUCUUCGUCCGCCGCCAGCGCCAGUCGUGGCGGCACCUGCCGUGCCGGCAGCCUCAGGCGCCGCCAUCAGCUCAAAUGAAUUGAGCGCGCGUCUCAAGGCGCCGGGCGUAUGCGACGAGAAGAGCGAAGCGAAGAUCGCUGACGGCGGUGCCGUGCGCAAAGUUCGCAAAGUGGUGAAGCGCCGAGUCGCUUCGGAAGCCGCACCUGUCGAAGAAGCGGAGGAAAAGAAGGUGUUGCCAGCGCCGGUGACGGCGCCCGCGGACGUCCGCGACCGGCCAGCAGCGGCGCCGGCACGGGCGGGGGCACGGGCACAGCGUGCCCCUGACCCAAAGGAUGCGCAGGCAGCCAGGCCCCGCCGCGAGAAGUUCAGCAACUCCCCGCAGCCUAAGCCACGCAGGGCGCCAAGCCCGCCCAGCGACUGCUCUUCGAGGUCCAUAUGCCAACAGUCCCCGCCAAGGGCGCGCCAGUCCAGGGGCCUUAAGGGUCCAGCUCACCGGCAAGGAGAGCGGCGGGACACCCCGGAGCCCAAGGCACCUGAGAGAGUCCGGCCUCCCGAUCGCCGAGACAGCCGCAGACGAUCCCCGCGAGCCGCGAGGCGUGGCCGGAGCCCUUCUGCUGAGUCUGGGCGCCGGGGCAGGGGCUGGGGGCGAGGGGACGUGCGAGACACCCGGGACACCCGGGACACCCGGGACACCCGGGACACCCGAGACACGCGGGAUGCGCGGGAUGCGCGGGAUGCGCGCGACGUUCGGGACGUGCGGGACGCGCGCGCGGCUCGGAGCCCUGCCAAGGGCCAAGCUGCAAAGCCUGCGAAGGGCAAAGCUCCACGCCAGGACGCGGGCCGCAAGCGCAGCGCAACGCGAUCCCGGUCCCGCUCGCGGUCCCGCUCGCCGCGGCGCCGCUCGCGGUCUCGCUCGCGGCGCUUGCCGCGCUCGCCACCCUCGCCGUGCCGCCGCGGAUCCUCGCCCGGGCGGAAGGUGCAGAUGAAGCGGUCGCCAAAGCCGAAGGAGCGCAGAAGCCGCAGCCGCCCGCCCCGGAAGGUUUGGUAA